AAAGAGCUGCACAUGUGGGAGAGCACUGACAGGAGAGACAGCAGCCGGACGCCUCUGCGCUCCUGCGACAAUCUGUGAGGACGCUCGCUGAAACUUUCUACCGAGGACUGAUAUUUUUCUUUUUUUGCCUUUUGUUUGUUUCACUUCUGAAGGAUUAUAAUUUUUUCUUAAGCACUAUUUUUUGAACCCGCAAAAAAGAAUGGAUGUAUACGUUUUGAUUUCCGUGUUAUCAGUGAUGUACUCCUGGAUUGUCUGCACAGCUCUAUCGGCGCCUGGUGCAGAAACGACCGCAGCCUCCGUCACUGAGGGGCGCCAUGUGCGGACCAAACGCUGCUCCUGCGCAACUUUCCUGGACAAGGAGUGCGUCUACUUCUGCCACCUGGACAUCAUCUGGGUCAACACGCCCGAGCGUGUGGUCUCCUACGGACUGGGCAACGCUCCCAGGAAGAGGCGUGCAGCCGGCAGUGGACCGGGACCCCGCUGCAAGUGCCUCAACACAAACGACAACACAUGCAGCGACUUCUGCCGCCUGGAAACCCGGCUCAGGCGUGACGCAUCCGCAGACGCGCUGAUCCGCUCCCCCGAGGGCCGCGCUGAGGCCCAGCGCAAACACAAGCUGGCAGCCGACACGGGCGGGAUCAAGAGGACGAGGAACAACAGCAGCAAUCAGGUGUCGCCCCCGAUGCUCAGGGCCGCCCUGAAAACGCGCCUGCUGCUGGAGAAGUGGAGGGCGAGACAGCACCACAGGGCGCGAGCGCGGGAGGGCGAGAGCCCGGCGUCCUAAAGGCUGAGGGGGGACGCAUCUCACCUCCACACCGAGAAGGAGAGUCUUUCAAGAUCCUUCUCCCCCCCCAAAAAAAACAAAAAAACAUAAAAAGCCAGCGAGGGACGGCGCCGGAGAGAGCCCACGCGAGGCCGGCGCGCGCUCCCUCCACGCUGGCUUCACGGCUGCUGCAUCUACAACUCGACUGAGCUGCACUUCUUCGCGCGGACAAAAACGAGGUCGGACACAGGAGAUAAGCUGAGAGGAGGACUAUGUCUGGGACAAAAAAAAAAAUACAUAAAUAAACAAACAGAUCACAGUCUUUCGGACUCAAUAUAACAUUUCAAUAAAGCUGGAGGAGGUCAUAUAAAUCCCUCGGUUACAGAAAGUUUAACCACGGACGUGGCUGUUCUGCUACUUAUAUUUCAAAAGUCAAAGAGAUCAUGUAACGCAUCAUUUUUUUUUUUUUUUUUCCUUCACUGACUGAAACUAUUUACUGCAUUCACACAACAGGUUGUCUCCUGUAUGUCAGCUGCUGGGAGUUUCUUCACACUGAUGUCAACACAGAUGUCUUUGCAUUUAUCCUAAUUUAUGUGUAUGUUGUCGCCUAUUUAUUUAUUCUUUGUACACGGUGUGAUUGAUUUGAUGGCCAUAUUGGCCCGUCGUCUGUUCGGUUUCAUUUCCGUGAAAUGGUUUGUCACUACGGGUGCCGAAUUCUGGCCAAACUUCAAUAAAUUUUUACACUUAUUUAAAA